AAGUCUGAACCUGAGGUGAUGCCAUAUAUAGGCUGUUUUUACAGCUCUAGGACAGUUCUCAACGAGGUUGUUGAUGACAUUUGGAGCAAAAAAUGUAAAUAACAUUUCUUUUCAGAUUUACCACCAUUUCUGAAUGGCAAUAUUUUUAUGUUGAUUUCUCUUUAUAUUGUUGUGAUCAUUUUACAUGGGGCUUUUUGCUGAGAGUUUGUGGAAUUACAGAUAGUUAAAGUGAAGUUAUCAGACUCAGCAGAACAUGGUUUCUUGUGUUAUUUGUGUACUAGUUAAAUCCUGGUUCAGUGGUAAAAUGAAGUACCUGAUUUUCCUCAUGCCAGAAUAAUCUUAGUGCACAUUUCCAUUUUCACUGUGUGGAUUCAUAUUGGUGUGUUUUCAUCUUGGUUCCAACAUUUGAAAAGUGUUGACUACAAAGCCUCGGUAUGCCAUACACUUCUCACAUUGACAUUGUCCAUAUAUUCAUGGAUUGAAUACAGUUCUACCAUUAUAAACAUUGAUAUAAUCAAAGAAGAAAAAGAUGAUAUUUUGAGUGUAGAAAAUUCCAUUGGCAUGAAAACUCAUGAGGUUUAUAUAAAGUCUGAACCUGAGCAGAACAGUGAUAUAAUCAAAAUAGAAAGCAAUGUGGAUGUUUUGAGCACAGACGAUUGCAUUGACAUGAAAACUCAUGAUGUUUAUAUAAAGUCUGAACCUGAGGUGAGUCUUAGUCCUGCGAGUGAACAUCAGCUCAUAAAUGGUGAGGAGCAUCCAUUUCCCUGUGGCGUGUGUCAUAAAUCAUUUCUUCUGCGAUCUACCCUAAUGAGUCAUGAAUGCUUGCAUAAUAGGGAGGAUUCGUAUUCCUGUGGCAUAUGUAAUAAGUCGUUCGGUGGUCGGAGUGAUCUGAAAAGACAUCGGUGCAGGGGUAGUGUGAAGCGACCAAAUUUCUGUGAUGUCUGUAAUAAAUCAUUCAGUAGUCAGAGUAAUCUGAAAAUACAUCAACUCAUACAUAGUGGGGAGCAGCGAAAUUCAUGUGAUGUGUGCAAUAAAUCAUUCAGUAGACAGAGUUACCUGAAAAUACAUCAACGCAUGCACAACGAGGAAAGACCAAAUUUCUGCAGUGUGUGCAGUAAAUCGUUCAGUACUCAGAGUUACCUGAGGACGCAUCAACACAUACACAGUGACGAGCGGCCAUAUUCGUGUGACGCGUGUAAUAAAUCGUUCAGUAGUCAAAGUGAUCUGAAGAUACACCAACGUAUACAUAGUGGAGAGCAACCAUUCUCCUGUGACAUGUGUAAUAAAUCAUUCAAUAAAAAGAGUAAUCUAAAGACGCACCAACGUAUACAUAGUGGUGAGCGGCCAUAUUCUUGUGACUUGUGUAAUAAAUCAUUCAAUAGAAAGAGUAUACUGAAGAUCCAUCAGCGUAUACAUAGUGGGGAUCACCCACAUACCUGUGAUGUAUGUAAUAAGUCAUUCAGUUGGAUUAGCCAUCUGAAGAUACAUCAACGCAUACAUAGUGGGGAGAGGCCAUAUUCUUGCGACGUGUGUAAUAAAUCUUUUAGUAGUCAGAGUGAUUUAAAGAUACAUCAGCGCAUACAUACUGGGGAGCGGCCGUAUUCCUGCGAUGUAUGCAGUAAAUCGUUCAGUAGUCAGAGUAGUUUGAAGACACAUCAACAUGUACAUAGUGGGGAGCAGCCAUAUUCCUGUAAUUUAUGUAAUAAAUCAUUCACUCGAAGGAGCAGUCUCAAGAUACACCAGCGGACACACAGUGGAGAGAGGCCAUAUUCUUGUGAAGUGUGUAAUAAAUCAUUCAGUCGUACAAGUAUUCUGAAGAUACAUAAGCGCACACAUACUGGGGUGUCCGUGCUGCUGUGAUAUGUGUGGACAGAGUAAUCUGAACAUAACAUUCUUCAUCUCAUGCAUAGUGCAGUGUGUGUCCACAUUCCAGCGAUGUUAAAUAAUCAGAGUAUGAGUAAUGUUGUGUGGAAUAAAAAAUUCAUUACACAGAAUAAUCUUAAAAGAUGGCAGUGGAACUCCUUACUUGGAAUUUUCUAUUCUUUGGAAAUGAUAAAUAUUUAA